AUGGACUAUACCAGUACCGGUGGAAUGAGAAGUCCAUUCUCUCCUCGUGUAAGGCAAUCUAUUUCUGGUAGAAGGGCGCUCGGAUUAUCAUCACAAAAGAAGACCCAAAGUUACAGCAAGUAUGACUCCCAACAGCAAACUGGCGAUGUCAUUUACAAAACUACUAAUAGCACACUGGAAACCUACGGCAUGCCUCUCCCAGUCAUGGUCACGGAGGCUCUUACAUUUGGUAGCGGUGAUCUUAGUGUCCAUAUGUCACCUUGUGGGUGGUGCUGGAUAGUGACGGGACGUAGAGUGCUGGCCUGGCCAAGAGAAAUAACAGGCUCUUCAGGCCCUACAUCUGCCCGUGAGCUAACUCUACCUCAAACUGACUUAGCCCACAAGGCAGAUCUCGUAGCCGUCUUUUAUGAAAAUAAUGAACAGACUAUGCCAUCUUGUGUUGGAGUCUCACCUGAAGGCGUUGUCAGGUACUGGGCUUCUGUGGGUCAAGAGGGCGCAUACAGUGAAGUAAGCUGUGAACUGGCAGGACAGGAGUGUGACCGAUUGGUUACCAGAGUUUACUGUCCAGAAGUUACUGUUGGAUCCCUGCUGCUCGCCACAACUACUUGCACACUCAUUAGAAUUACAACUUCCAAAGAGGGUAGACCGUCAGUGAGCUGUCAAACGCUUAGGCCUCCUAGUGGAUGGCUCGGUGGGAUUGGACGUCGUGUCUCGCUUCUUUUCUUCGGUUCUAUGCCCGCUCACGCUGAUACAAAGCUUGUGGGUGUCGUGAUUCUUCCUGCUGUGGUGCCAACCGAUCCGGAGGAAGAGAGCUCUGAAUUAGUAUGCCUACUGGCAGGUGGACCUUUACUGCAAAUGUGGUGUGGAUCAGCACUUCAUGAACAUCAUUUGCGAAGACUGCUUCUUGAAGCUGCUGCAAGGGCGCAUUUAGCUCCUCAUGGCGAGCCGAGCACAAUGGAGGUGGUGGCUCUCGACGUUCAGCCUGCUGGUGAUCGCUUGCUGCUGCUGCUCGUUAUGGUCUCCGCCAUUAACCAAGCGAGACCUAACGACGUUCGAUAUGCCCUCGCUCAAAUUAGCGUGGAAAAGGCAGAAGCACCGCGUGUAGUGAGUUUGUGCCCCGUUGGGGGCCGCGCCCGCGACGACGUUCCGCCCCGGUGUUUACCUCUAGGGACUCGAGCCCUGCUCUACACACCGGCUGCGAUCGCUAUCGUCUCAGCAACGCCGUCAUCUCAAAAUGAAAAGGCGGAGUGUGUGGAGGUGUGUACGGAAGGCGACCGCGUGCUAGGUGCGGCCGCAGUCGACGGAGGACCGGCAGCGCUGGUCUUCACCAGAAGGCACGGGCUGCUCGCGUUGCGCAUCGCACACGUGGAUCACUCUGACGCGCACCAAUCUUUCGCCGGCAGCCCGAUGGGUUCUCCUGCCCCCUCCGACGUGUAUGACGGUAACCUCACGCUGUACGAGAUAGACCCUCACGAGAUAGGGGCGACAACAACGGACGCGUGUGGUAAAAUGAAAGCUGCGUUCCUCUUCCAUAUCCGAAGGGACGCCACUGCGGGGAAGAUCUUAGCCGAGCUUUUUCCGGUGAGAGGGGGCGGAGCACCAGGUUCUGACGUCGAUGCUCCUCUCGACCGCACUACGAUCGCUAUCGCUACGGAGAUGCUGGAUGACGUGCCCGCUGGAGACCCGAGAUGGCGCAUUGCGACGGGAGCGAGCCGCGUCGCUCUGGGGUCGUCUGGCGCGCUGCACGCGGCGGGCCAGCUUAGGGACAAGCACCGCGCCUUCACGCUCUUCCUCGACUUCCUGCGAGCGAAUCAGCUCUGGCGACGCCUCGCGCUCGUUAGCAAAGAGAGCGGAACCGGAUGCGUCCGCACGGUCCGCGCGCUGUGUUCGCUGGCGGAGAAGCUAUCGGCGGCCCGCGCCGUGCAGCGGCUGCACCACAACGGCGCUUUACUUCUUGACGCUGCCAUGCAUCAAGUGGCGUCGAGAUAUGAAGCCGAGGAGGAGCCGGAGGUUGUGAGCGCCAUGUCCUCAGGCGCCCUUUCCGCUGCUGACGUGGUGCUGCGCCGCGUGACGCGCAUGUUACGAGUGGUGCGCGCGUUGGCCACGCUGCCGGCGCCAGCUCUCGACGCGCAGGCGGCCGCUGCGCACGCGCACAGCGCCCUCGUCGCUAUCACGUCGAUUCUAAGUGAAAUGCUGAAGGUCCGAACCCAGUGGUCUUCUUGGAGCGAGAGUGAAACGGAAUGCGAACCCUUCCCGGAACUACCCGUCCUGGUCAAAUAUCAUACGACUGCCGUUACUGAAUCUGCGCACAACUGCCGCGAUGCAGCUUUACGCGCUCAGGUCUUGGAAGCGUCCGCCGCUCUCGCUGACCUGCUGCUGACUGAUGCGCUGUCGCUGCCCGAACACCGGUUUCGAACCGUUCGCAGGGAACUGAUUUACCCAUAUGUGUCGGAGGGCCAAACGGAGCGCGCUGCGGCUCUGGCGGAGAAGUUCAAGGACUUCGAGCUCAUCGUGGAGAUGUGCACGCAGCGAGAGCGUCCGGAUCCCGAAAAGCUCUAUUCUUACAUAGACAAGUAUGAGCAUGAGGGCAUAGCCGAGACGACGUUCGCUUGGCUGGCGUCGCGUUCCGGUGCGGAUCGAGCUGAGCUGUUGCGAGGUCUGGGAGCGCGCCGACCCGCUCGUCUCGCCCGCUGGCUGGCGAACGCUCCGGACCGACGAGAGCUGCUCGCGCUGCACCAGCUGGCCACUCCGCCGCUCCACCAGGCGGCAGAUACGCUGCUCUCCAUGGCUGACGACGAAAGGGAAUCCGUUAACAGGAUGGUGACGAUGGCGUCUCUCGCCAAAUUGUGCCUCAUCGCAAGCGAAGAGCCCGCGGCGGAUCACAGCGACAAAAUACAGCGCGCGGACGACGCGGUGAAUCUCGGCGCGCAGCACCACGCCUUACCGCGCGACGUCAAACGCCACUACGACCUAGACCAGGAGGACAUGCGGAGAAGCGACCCCGAGGAAUUGGUUCAAAUGUACAUCGACUGCGACACGCCCACCCUCAACGAGUACGAUUACAAGAAAGCCCUCGACCUCACCGACUUCGUCGACGACCCCGAGCUCAGGGACGACCUCAAACUCAAGAUCUGGUGCGCAUGCAUCGCCCGCGAGGAGUGGCGACACGUGAGCGUGGACGAGCCGCAGUCCGCCGUGCAGGGGACAGUCUUCUACCGCCUUCUGGAGCUGCUCACCAUCAUGGGUGCUGACGUGGAGAGCUUAUUGCCCCCCCUUGAGCAGAUCUUGGAGCAGCCCACCCUGAAGCACAUCGUCUCUGACCCGAGGCUGCAUUAUCUGCUCAAGUACACGUACGCCUCCCUCGCGGACGACAAUCGCGACACGGACAUGGAUACAUAA